UUAGUUUUUCUAAAGAGUGGACGUGAAUUUGAUUUUAAUAAUUAUCUCGGAUGAACUGGAUGCAAUUGAAUAAUGUUUCACGGCAUGUGUAUUUUUCCUCGCUAACUUUUACAUGUAAACACCGGGUUAGGUUUAGUUCUUCAUAGGUAAUUAUGAUAGCGUGGUCAAGACAGAUUGCUGUGAUGGACGUGUUUUGUAAGAUUAUAAUUCCAAAUAUGUUUAUAAUCCCAACAGCAGAGGUUCUGCAUUUGUUUGUGAAUUCUUUACGCGGAUUAAUACAGAAAUAGAAAACAAUAUUGUUUUGUGAAACUUUAUAAGGUGCUUAAGUGGCUCCAGGCUUUGGUUCUUAAGUGUGAUGAUGCCUAAAGCUGCCGACUCUGUAUCUGAAACGGACGCUAUUUAAUAAUCCUAUUCAUUAUGUUGUAUACCCGAAGCCAGGCAGCUCCGGCGUGGAUACAAUGGCAGAAAUGUUGGAGGAAAACCUGGAGAAGAUUUUGAAGGGUGAGGGACUGGAGGUGAGAGAGUUUGAUUCAGUUCCUGAACAAGUGAAGCCUGUCACACUGAGGAAAAGCGUGUGUUACAUUGUCGGAGCGGUCAUCUUCAACUCAAAGGACGAGGUGUUAAUGGUUCAGGAGGCAAAGAGAGAGUGUUAUGGCAGAUGGUAUCUCCCUGCGGGUCGCAUGGAGGAGCGUGAAAGCAUUCUAGAGGCGCUGCAGAGGGAGGUCAAAGAGGAGGCGGGAAUAGACUGCCAGCCAAUCACACUGCUGCUGGUUCAAGAGCAAGGUCCAAAGUGGCUUCGAUUCAUCUUCCUUGCUGAGGAGACAGGAGGCUCUCUGAAGACGACGGCAGAAGCAGAUUCUGAAUCUCUUCAAGCUCAGUGGUGGGACUGCGAGUCCCCCCUUCCUCUUCGUGGACGUGACAUCCUGCCUCUCAUCGACGCUGGACUGAAAUACCGCCGAAAUCCCUGGUUCCCUAUUUUACAACCCGUCGACUUCCCUUGUCAGGUCAUCUGCCAAAGACUCUUCCUCGCGUUCAUCUCCAGCAGCGCUAACACAGACCGCCUGUGGCUGCUGCUGAGCCACAACGAUGCCGCUUCUCAGCCCGGUCCUCCCAUAGCGGUGUCAGGCAACGCGUUCGACACGAUCCCGCGAGCCGCGCACAGACUGGUGAAGGAAUGCGUGCCUUCCUCAUCCGUGCAAGUUCAUACGUGUGGCAUUCUGGGAGUGCAGCACAAUGGGAGAAUUCCAGGGAAAACGGACGGGAUCUGCUUUAACACGCUCGUGUUGUUGGAAAAUUCGGAGGACGGAGCUGAAAUCAGCAGCCCGCCGUCAUUGGAGGGUGCCGCUUACAGAUGGCACGAGGUGACCAAUCAGAGCCUGAAGGCAAAGAUAAUGCAGAGGAUUAAAGAAGAGUCCGUUCUGCCUGUUCAUAGUCUGGACUGAUGCUCUGCCACGCUAGCAGAGGACCAGCAGCAGAAGUGAACCUGCAUCCUUCACGUGAGCACCAAAGCUCUGUGUGUCUAAAGCAUGAGAUUUCAGAUGUGUGCUUCACUCAACUUUCCCUCCUUUGACGUCUCUUCUCCAUUCCAGUGAAAUGUAACCAAGUAUUAAUUCUAAUAUGCAUAUCCACUGUAAUUAUAAUAGGUUCCUUAACAAUACAGGCACUUCAAGUCCUGAAUAGGUGACCCUGUGUAAAAAGUAAGUGCACUUAAUUACUGUUUGCACACUUGUAUGUACUUCAAAUAUGAUAUUACUUAAAGAUGUAAUAUUAGUGAAAUAAGGACACUUAAUUGUGCUUUGAGACACAUUUUUGAUGUGUUGACUAACAUACUUUGAGUGUAGGUUUAUUUAUUAUUACAUUUAAAUUUUAAAAUAUAUUUUAAAUGUACUAAAAUGAAACUUUAUUACACAUGUGCAAUUACGAAUGCAUGGCAUUAAAAAGUAUAUUGUCAAAUACACUACAAAAAAAUAUAUAGGCUAUCACUGGGACGGCAUCUUAUUUACUCCUGUUUUUUUUGACCCCUUAUUUUUGCACCUUUUGAAAGGGCACCACCCAGUGACAGCUUUUGUACCUAUUUUUUUCUGAGAGUGUUGUAAAUUUGGCGGUAUACUUUAUUUGAAAAAUAAUAUAAU